AUGAAAAUGAAUUUAUCCGAAAAACAGCGCGAUGAAUUAAACCGCGCAAUUGCUGAUUAUCUUCAGUCAUAUGGUUAUACCGAAUCAUUCAAUGCUUUCAGACGGGAAACAGGCUUGAUGGAAAACGAUGACAAAAAAGUAAUGGGCUUACUGGAAAAAAAGUGGACAUCGGUAGUCCGUUUGCAGAAAAAAGUUAUGGAUUUGGAAGCAAAGCUACAAGAAGCUGAACGAGAAUACAUACAUGGAGCACCAACGAGGGAAAAACGACAACCAGGUGAAUGGAUCCCACGACCACCUGAAAAAUUUUGCUUAAGCGGUCACCGUUCACCGAUCACUCGAGUUAUAUUUCAUCCUGUCUACAGCAUAAUUGCAUCCUCUAGUGAAGAUUCAACAGUUAAGGUUUGGGAUUUCGAAACGGGUGAUUUCGAACGGUCAUUAAAAGGUCAUACUGAUGCCGUACAGGAUCUUGCAUUCGAUAAUAGUGGGAAAUUAUUAGCAUCAUGUUCUGCCGACAUGACAAUCAAGAUAUGGGAAUUUGUACAAACAUUUGAUUGUAUGAAAACACUCAAAGGGCACGAUCACAAUAUUUCAUCAAUUGCAUUCCUACCUUCUGGUGAUCAUUUAUUAUCUGCUUCACGAGAUCAUUUAGUGAAAAUGUGGGAAGUAGCAACGGGUUACUGUGUGCGAACAUUUGCUGGCCAUAAUGAAUGGGUACGAAUGGUACGUGUGCAUCACGACGGAAAUAUAUUUGCAUCCUGUAGUAAUGAUCAGACAAUUUGCAUAUGGAAUAUAUUAUCAAAAGAAUGUAAGAUACAGUUCCACGAUCACGAACACGUUGUUGAGUGUAUUCAGUGGGCACCUGACAAGGCUCUUCGUUAUAUUGUUGAAGCCGAACAAGAUCAUUCUUCACAAACGAACGGUGACACACAGAAAAGUGGUAGUAUGAUCGUGCCGAAGUUGGGACCGAUUCUUGUUUCUGGUUCUCGUGACAAAACGAUCAAAUUUUUUGAUAUUAAUGCGGGAUGUUGUUUGUUUACUCUGGUUGGUCACGAUAAUUGGAUCCGUGGAUUACGGUUUCAUCCUGCUGGUAAAUAUUUGCUCUCAGUUGCUGAUGAUAAAACACUACGCGUAUGGGCAAUUGCGCAGAAGCGUUGUGCCAAAACAUUGGAUGCUCACAAACACUUCGUCAGUUCACUUGAUUUCCACUCAUCUCUACCUUACGUUGUGACAUCUAGUGUGGAUAUGACGAUUAAAGUAUGGGAGUGUCGUUGA